GGUCUGGAACCCUUUGAUUAUAUUUAUACUGCAAAAAAUUGUUACAACUAAACCAAUGUAAAAUCAUAGUAUCUAAUUCAAAAUAAUGUAGUAAUUUACCGUUCAUCAGAUUAUGCUGCCUGUAUUUCAAGGUGCUCGUAUUAUGAUUUGUCUAUAAAAACAAGUUGUUGAUUUAUUGUUGACAUAAAUAGUGCAAUCUCAGACUUUAUUCAACUUCGAAGAAAAUAUUAGAGAAUUAUUCAAAUUUAUUCUAUAUUAAUGGAGAUUCUCUCAAAUCUGUUUGAUUUUUAAUAUUAGUUUGUUAUGGUGAUAAAUAAUUGGAUUUAAAAAGUAAAUUUUCGUGAUCUAUACAAUGGAACCUUACGAUACCUUUUCUGAUGAACUAAAACAUAAAACACAGGAAUACAUUGUGCUGAAUGAAAAUGUGUUGAUCAAUAAACAAAACCAAAUAAAUGAGAAACUAACUAUAAUCAAACAGGAAAAUAAUGUUGAAGACUUGCGGACGAAUCCUGAAGACUACCAAAUAAGUAAUGACAUAAAAAAAGAGUUAGAGUUAAUAAAACAGGAAAAUGAUGUUAACUCACCAGUUGGCUUUAUGCAACCACCUGCAAACUUUAAAAGUGAAUCCAAUCAAAAGUUUUAUGCGUCAAAUAACAAUAAAUAUCAAGGAAAAGGGUUCAAGAAACUUAGCAAAGAAACUUUUGAAAAGAGCGACUCUAUGAAGCAUAGUAUUUUGCCCAAUGGUAUAAUAAUUUGUGAAUUAUGUGGAAAUUUCUACACUAAGAAAUUUGAAUUCUUGUCUCAUAUUUCAAGACAUCUUGUCAAAAAAUCACGUUUAAAGCGAUACUACGGUAUGAAACAAGGUAUGAAUGAUAAUUUGGAGUAUAGAGUAAUUGAACCAGCAAAUGUUACCUUAAUAAAUAGUCGAAUAAAUCAUAAAUUGAAAGAUUCAUCCCACAAUAACACUGAUAAUAUUGAAAAACCAUUCAAAUGUACAAUUUGUUUGAAAUCGUUUAGAAAUAAAAAUGGUUUGGAUGAACACAUGCGCAUACACACCGGAGAAAAGCCAUUCAAAUGUGAACUUUGCUCGAAAUUGUUUAAACAUAGUGUUAGUUUAACCCGACACAUGUUUAUACACACCGGUGUGAAACCAUUCAAAUGUGAGAUAUGUUCAAAAGCUUUUGCGUUUAAAGGUUAUUUGAUUGAGCAUAUACGUGUCCACACUGGUGAAAAACCAUUUGCUUGUCAAGUUUGUUCAAAAUCAUUCAAAAUUAAAACCAAUUUAGUCCAGCACAUGCGAAUUCAUACCGGAGAAAAACCGUUCAAAUGUGAAAUCUGCUCCAAAUCAUUUACGGUAAAGAAUCAUUUAGUUUUACAUAUUCGUUGUCACACAGAUGAAAAACCAUUUGAGUGUGAAAUUUGCUUCAAAAGUUUUAGAGAUAAAAGUAAUUUGAUAUCUCAUAAACGAUGUCACACCGAUGAAAAACCAUUUCAAUGUGAAAUUUGUCUGAAACCGUUUAGGCAAAAAUAUUCAUUGAAUAGACACAUGUAUUGUCACGAACCAGAAAAGCUAUUCAAAUGUGAAAUUUGUUCCAAAUUGUACAGGAAUCAAAGUAAUUUAGAUAGACAUGUGCUUUCUCACACCAAAGAAAAAUCAUUCAAAUGUGAAACUUGUCAAAAAAUGUUUAUACGUGAAAGAAAUUUAGUUACUCACAUGCUCUCCCAUACAGGCGAAAAACAAUUUAAAUGUGAAAUUUGUUUAAAAACUUUCAAACAAAAAUACUUAUUAAGAAAACAUAUGUAUUCUCAUUGUGCAGAAAAGCGCUUCAAGUGUGAAAUUUGUUCCAAUUUGUACAAAAAUCGAAGUAAUUUAAAUCAUCAUAUGCGUGUGCAUACCGGAGAAAAACUAUUCAAAUGUGAAAUUUGUUUAAAAAUUUUCACACGUAAAAGUCAUUUAGAUACUCACAUGCGUAGUCACACUGGCGAAAAACCAUUUACUUGUAAAAUGUGUCCAAAAACGUUCAGGAAUGUCAGUCAAUUAAAUAGACAUACAUUAUUACAUGGAUAAUCACCUUAAAUUGAAAAGAAAAUAUUCCUACUACUCCAUUAUUUGUUGUUAUAAUUAUUUUGUGUAAUUCAAUGUUUUUAUAUAAAUAAAUAUCAUUAAAUCAAA